CUUCCUCCCCAAACGGCAGAUAGAAUCAGAAAGCGAUCCGGCUUUUCAGGAAGAUCGGAGAUCGAGGUAGAGCGAUGGACUGCAGCAGUGUGUUCGGACUGAACAACCCCGUGAUAUUGACGCUGCAGCACCUCAUGGACAUCCCGGAGGAGACGGAGAAGGCCAUCAACGCGCCCACCCGCACCUACGUCCGCGACGCCAAGGCCAUGGCCUCCACGCCGGCCGACGUCGAGGAGCUGCCGUCCUCCUACGUCUUCGUCGUCGACAUGCCCGGGGUCAAGUCCGGCGAGAUCAAGGUCCAGGUGGAGGACGACAACGUGCUGGUCAUCAGCGGCGAGCGCAAGCGCGAGGAGGACAAGGAGGGCUGCAGGUACCUCCGCAUGGAGCGCCGCUUGGGCAAGUUCAUGCGCAAGUUCUCCCUCCCGGACAACGCCAACACCGACGCCAUCUCGGCGGUGUGCCAGGACGGCGUCCUCACCGUCACCGUCCAGAAGCUGCCGCCGCCGGAGCCCAAGAAGCCCAAGACCAUCGAGGUCAAGAUCGCCUGAGUUAAAUCAAUAGCUGUGUGAUGUGAUGUGGAAAUGAAGUUCUCUCUCCCCGAUUAGUUUGUGGUUGCGUCGAUGAUGAAAUGAAAUGUCUUUUUUAUUGGUAUGAUGACCAACGAGUCCUUCCAUUCGCUA